AUGAAUGCAAAUAUUGCCGGUGUUUCGUUCGCAACCGUCAGCGCACAACAAGAAGCAGAAGAUGUGAAACUCUUGGAUGCAAUUGAAUCUGAGGAGACAAUUCUGAGUAAGAAUCAGCAAUUGGGAUUGACGUACGCAUUGCUGGAGCAAGGUGCGUGGGUGUUUGCGAAGCAGUUGCUUGAUCGAUUUCCAGAAUUUUAUGCUGUUAAUGCGUCGUGA